GCCUGUAACCAUAACUGACUUUUUAGGCGUUUCCCGCUUUAUAAACGGUUUUACUUUUUAUUUCCGGAAGCUAUUGCAACAAUCGACGGACGAGUAAUAUCUGUUGUCAUUUUUGUAAUUCUCUGAAUAUACUUAAUAUUUGAUAAAAAUGCGAGAGUGUAUCAGUGUACAUGUUGGCCAAGCUGGUGUCCAGAUUGGUAAUGCCUGCUGGGAGCUUUAUUGUUUGGAGCAUGGAAUCCAACCUGAUGGUCAAAUGCCUAGUGAUAAAACAAUAGGUGGCGGUGACGAUUCCUUCAAUACCUUCUUCAGUGAAACUGGAGCUGGUAAACAUGUUCCUAGAGCUGUUUACGUGGAUUUGGAACCAACUGUUGUUGAUGAAGUCCGUACUGGCACUUACAGGCAGUUGUUCCAUCCUGAACAACUGAUUACUGGUAAAGAAGAUGCUGCUAACAAUUACGCAAGAGGCCAUUAUACAAUUGGAAAAGAAAUUGUUGAUCUAGUAUUGGAUAGAAUCCGUAAACUGGCUGAUCAAUGCACUGGUCUUCAAGGUUUCUUGAUUUUCCACAGUUUUGGUGGUGGAACUGGAUCAGGUUUCACUUCUUUGUUGAUGGAAAGAUUAUCAGUUGAUUAUGGCAAGAAAUCAAAAUUGGAAUUUGCUAUUUAUCCAGCUCCUCAGAUAUCCACAGCAGUUGUUGAGCCUUACAACUCCAUUCUUACUACUCAUACUACCUUGGAACAUUCUGAUUGCGCUUUCAUGGUUGACAAUGAAGCUAUUUAUGACAUCUGCCGAAGAAAUCUUGACAUUGAGCGUCCUACUUACACAAACCUUAACAGGCUUAUUGGACAGAUUGUUUCAUCUAUUACUGCUUCCUUGAGGUUUGAUGGUGCUCUUAAUGUAGAUCUUACUGAAUUCCAAACAAAUCUUGUGCCCUAUCCUAGAAUUCAUUUCCCCCUGGUUACCUAUGCUCCUGUUAUUUCUGCUGAGAAGGCUUAUCAUGAGCAACUGACUGUUUCUGAAAUCACUAAUGCCUGCUUCGAGCCUGCCAACCAGAUGGUAAAAUGUGAUCCCAGACAUGGAAAAUAUAUGGCUUGCUGUCUCUUGUACAGAGGUGAUGUUGUACCAAAGGAUGUAAAUGCUGCUAUUGCUGCCAUCAAGACUAAACGAACAAUUCAAUUUGUAGACUGGUGUCCUACUGGUUUCAAGGUGGGAAUCAACUACCAACCACCAACUGUUGUCCCUGGUGGAGAUCUUGCUAAAGUUCAGAGAGCUGUGUGCAUGCUUUCAAACACAACAGCCAUUGCUGAAGCCUGGGCUCGUUUAGACCAUAAAUUUGAUCUUAUGUAUGCCAAGAGGGCUUUUGUCCACUGGUAUGUUGGUGAAGGUAUGGAAGAAGGUGAAUUCUCUGAAGCCAGAGAAGAUUUGGCUGCUCUGGAAAAAGAUUAUGAAGAGGUUGGAAUCGAUUCUGCUGAAGGUGGAGAAGAUGAAGGAGAUGAAGAAUUUUAAUUCUUUUGAUUUCAAGCUGGAAUUUGAAAUCUUAAUGCGUUGUCAUUAAAGUGUUCAUUCCAAUUUUUUUUACUAGAAAAUUGUGAAAUUUUGAACUAAAUAAAUCCGAUUUUGAUUUUAA